AUGUCGCUGCUGCGAAGAGCUGAGACGUGUUUCGCCAAUCAGCAGGUCAACAAGCUUCUGAACGCCUUCGUAUGCCCCCGCGAUGAGGGCACUUUGAUCUCGGAACAUACUUCGAAUCUACGAGACGCAGAUAAACGACGAGAUAGAGGUACAUCCAUCAAGGAAAGCUUAGGCAAAGCGUAUCUGAUUGCUCUCAUAGGUACACCAAAGUCUGCCAUUGAUGGCUGCUUAAUAGCUGUGAAGGACAAUAUAUGCACAUCUGAAGAGCCGACGACAUGCGCGUCCGCAAUUCUGAAAGGCUUCCACAGCCCGUACCCGGCCACGGUAGUCGAAAAGCUCAAACACGCUGGGGCAUUGAUCGCUGGAAAGACCAAUUUAGAUGAAUUUGGAAUGGGGUCCGACUCUAUAAACUCGAUCUAUGGUGCUGUCAAAAAUAGCUAUACUCAAGACGGAGGUUCUCUGUCAGCUGGUGGAAGCUCUGGUGGCAGCGCUGUAGCUGUUGCUACUGGGCAAUGUGAUGCUGCAUUGGGCACAGACACCGGAGGGUCUGUACGCCUUCCAGCUGCAUAUACGGGUAUUAUAGGCUUCAAGCCUUCGUAUGGCAUGGUGUCCCGAUGGGGUAUCGUGGCAUAUGCAAAUUCUCUUGACACUAUUGGCAUACUAGCCAAGGAUAGCUCCAUGGCAAGGAAUAUCUUCGACGCGGUCGAAGGCUUCGACUCUCGAGAUCCUACCUCCAUACCAGUGAGCACACGCUCCAGGAUUGCGCAACAAUUGCUUGAACGCAAAGCAAAGCAGGGCUGGGGCGACACACCUUCGGUGCGCGUAGGAGUCCCAACGGAGUACAACACUGCAGAGCUCCAACCGGAGGUAAGAAGAGCCUGGCUGGAAACAUUGCAAGGUCUUCGGAACCAGGGUCAUACAAUCCACAUGCUGUCUUUAGCCACCACAAAAAUGGCUCUCUCAGCGUACUACGUGAUAGCGCCAGCGGAAACAUCUUCAAAUCUUGCCAAGUAUGAUGGCGUCCGUUAUGGCAACAAAAACUCGGCCUUGGAGCGGGCCGACAACGUUUUAUUCGCGUCUACACGGGGCGCUGGUCUUGGAGAAGAGGUAAAGAGGAGGAUUCUUCUCGGUUCCUACAGCUUGAGUGCUGCGGCAAUCGACAAUUACUUCAAAACGGCUCAGAAAGUGCGCAGGCUAGUACAGAGGGACUUCAAUAAUGCCUUUGCGUUAAGUCACCCCCUCCUAAAACACCAAGAUGGGUCUGGAAGUGAACCAAAAGUCGAUGUUAUUUUGACUCCCACAGCGCAAUCGUUACCGCCAAGGCAUAGUUCUCUCAAAAAUAAAGCCUCCAUAGACUCAUAUAGUGUUGAUUUUCUUACGGUGCCAGCAAGUCUCGCUGGAAUCCCCGCUCUGAGUCUACCAGUGUCAAUCGCAGGACAAGAUGGGAUUGAUCAGAACGCGCCGACUUCAGUGGGAAUUCAGGUAAUUGCGCAAUAUGGCGAUGAGGAGAUGGUCUUUGCCAUGGCUCGGUCGAUUGAGUCACUGAGGGAUAUAAAACAAUCGACAACCCACAUCAAAUUAUGCGACCGUGCACUGAGCUCCACAAGCAACACACUAGAUUUUCGCAGCCUCGCACUCAGUAACACUAGCAUCGCACAUACACAUCAGCGGCCUAGCUUCAAGACCAUGAGCAACUAUCCCCACCAUGAGUAUCUCAAAAAUCAGCGCGGGUCACCGUUCCAAGAGAACCACAAGCCACCAGGCAAAAGACAGCCACUACCGUCCAACUACACAAUCUCUCUGCGACCGAAUACCGCAGACGAUCCUGGACGCAAGGACAACUCUCUGGUGCAAACUACCUCAAAGUGCCAGCUUCAGUAUGGAAAAACAUUCACGAUCCAACCCGGCAGAAUGGAUAGACGCAGCAGAGAACACCCUCGCGUCAGCGCUCUUACUUCUAUACCUAUCAUCGGCCUCGUCAGAGUACACAAAUGGUUCUGGGACAAGAGUAUCGAAACCAAGGGCCGCAAAGAUACCUAUCGAUACAGGGUCAUCGACCAAGCCACAGAUAUCACGAUCCUUCCAGAGAACGAGUGGUAUGACCCCAUCGAAGACGACGAGACCAAGAUCAAAAUCCUGUUUGUUGGUUUGGCCUUGAAGAGCACACCAUUCUACUCUCGCGACGCAUCUGCCCUGAUGCCAGCAUGA